UUCCAAGAGCACGCGGAGCCGGACGGAGCGUGCCGGCACACGGCGGAAUCACGUGACACGCUCCGCCGCACCUGGUCGGCUCCGGGCACCGGCGGUCGUCCCAGCAGGCGACGCUGCAGGCUCGGGACCGGAAGUCAGGCUCCAUUUCCGGCCUCCCUCAGGUCGCCCAGACGGUGGAAGCGCCCGGCGUCCCGUGACCCCGUCUCAAAAUGGACAACAAAAAGCGCCUGGCUUACGCCAUCAUCCAGUUCCUGCAUGAGCAGCUGAGGCACGGCGGGCUCUCGUCGGACGCGCAGGAGAGCCUAGAAGUUGCCAUCCAGUGUCUGGAGACGGCUUUCGGGGUAUCGUUGGAAGACAGCGACCUGGCUCUGCCCCAGACGCUACCAGAGAUCUUUGAGGCGGCUGCCAGCGGCAAGGAGCCGCCACCCGACCUGAGGAGCCCAGAGCGGACGCCACCAUCAGAGGAAGACUCUGCGGAGGCCGAGCGCCUCAAAACCGAAGGGAACGAACAGAUGAAGGCGGAGAACUUCGAGGCCGCCGUGCACUUUUAUGGCAAAGCCAUCGAGCUGAACCCGGCCAACGCCGUCUACUUCUGCAACAGAGCCGCGGCAUACAGCAAGCUGGGCAACUACACGGGUGCUGUGCGGGACUGCGAGCGCGCCAUCUGCAUUGACCCGUGCUACAGCAAGGCCUACGGGCGCAUGGGCCUGGCGCUGUCCAGCUUGAGCAAGCACGCGGAGGCCGUGGCCUACUACAAGAAGGCGUUGGAGCUGGACCCCGACAACGAGACCUACAAGUCCAACCUCAGAAUCGCUGAGCAGAAGCUGCGGGAAGCCCCGAGCCCAACGGGCGGCACGGGCAGCUUCGACAUCGCCGGCCUGCUCAGCAACCCCAGCUUCAUCAGCAUGGCCUCCAACAUGAUGAACAACCCGCAGCUGCAGCAGCUAAUGUCUGGCAUGAUCUCAGGCGCUCACAACCCUCUGGGUACCCCUGGCACCAGCCCCUCACAGAAUGACCUGGCCAGCCUCAUCCAGGCGGGCCAGCAGUUCGCACAGCAGAUGCAGCAGCAGAACCCUGAGUUCAUCGAGCAGUUGCGCAGGGAGAUGCGUAGCCGGACGCCCAGCGCCAACGAGGAGCAGCAGGAGUGAGCCCCGGCCUGGCAGCCGUCCCUGGCCGGCAGGAAGCCGUGUGUCUGCCAUCUGCCCCCUCCCCACCCCCACGUUGGACUGUCCGAGAGCAAAGAACAGUAAACUGGACCGACACGUUCCUGUCGGGAUGGAUGGUCCCCGCCCCUUCCCCUUUUGUACUCAUGGCCCCCAGCUCCUCCCCAAAGAGCCAGCAAGGUGUCUGCAGCACCGCCCCCUCGGGCCCAGCACCCUGGGCGCCACCUGUAGCUGCGGACCCCACGCUCAUGUCACCAGGUCCUGUCCUGUCUGUCCAACUCCUGCCCUCAUGUCUUUGAGCUCCACCCUGUAUGUCUCU